ACCUUAAACAACAACUAGCCAACUCUAUAAAACUUAUCAUUUCAUUCAUUUGGUUUUUCCACAUACCAAAUACAAGUUUUUCAUAGGUGAUCAUAUCUUGAUUUCAAGAAUGAGUGACGACAGCAACAAGUAUCAAGAUUCAGAAGGAGUAUAUCCUCCUCCUCCUCCUCCUUGUCCACCAAAGCUGGAGGUGCGUCCUCCCCCUUCUCCUCCUCGUCCUCCUCCUCCUCCAACGACUUGUCCACCACCAGUGCAAGGGUACUAUGAAGCCGGUCCUUAUGUGGCACCACCUCGAGUUAGUGACCCUAUGAAAUAUGGUCCUCAACACCUCCAACAGCCACCUCAUUCUCCUUCUCCUCCUCCAAACCAACAUAAUAAGAGGGAUGAUGACUUUUGCACAGGAUGUUGCUGCUGCCUCUAGGACGUGUGCUUUGAAGGACUAUGAAUGAUUCGCUGUAAAAUUUGCAGCUUAUAAUUGUGUUUCCCUUGUGUUUCUUGUUGGAAAUAAUAAUUAUUUUCGCUCUUUUUAUGUCA